GGAUUGGCAUGGAUACUUGUGUUAUUCCUUUGAGACACGGAGGUCUGUCCUUGGUCCAGACAACAGACUACAUUUAUCCCAUUGUGGACGACCCUUAUAUGAUGGGACGCAUCGCAUGUGCCAAUGUCCUCAGUGAUCUUUAUGCCAUGGGAGUCACCGAAUGUGACAAUAUGUUGAUGCUUCUUGGCAUCAGUAAUAAAAUGACAGACAGGGAAAGGGAUAAAAUCAUGCCUCUAAUUAUCCAAGGAUUUAAAGAUGCCGCGGAAGAGGCAGGAACAUCGGUGACUGGUGGUCAAACAGUAUUAAACCCUUGGAUUGUUUUAGGAGGAGUGGCCACAACUGUCUGUCAGCCUAAUGAGUUUAUAAUGCCAGAUAAUGCCGUCCCGGGAGAUGUGCUGGUGUUAACCAAACCAUUGGGAACACAAGUAGCCGUAGCUGUGCAUCAGUGGUUAGACAUCCAGGAGGCCUCCUUAUCUGCUUACCCCGGGAACAAGCAGCACGUUUCUGCGCUGAGAUCAAGUCUCCGAAAUACGGCGAAGGUCACCAGGCAUGGAUUAUUGGGAUUGUAGAAAAGGGGAACCGCACGGCCAGGAUUAUAGACAAACCGCGAAUCAUCGAAGUCGCGCCCCAAGUAGCCACUCAGAACGUAAACCCGACACCCGGGGCAGCUUCUUAAUCCUAGACGAAAUAGUUCUCUCUCUCUCUUUUUUUUUCCCCCCUUUUUGGUUUUGUUUUGUUUUGUUUCAUUUUUUUUAAAAAAAAAACAAAAAAUAGAUCUAUUUCCUUUAUCAUCUUAAAGCCUAAAGAACUGUAUGAAAAAAAGAAGAAGAAGAAGAAACACA